AUGUCUUCUCCAGCCUCAUCGGACAGCACCCCCGUGACCGUCACCACUCCUACGGUGGUCACCCAGGUGGCUCCUCCUGCCCUGUCGGCCAAGCCUGAGUUUCACCCUGCACUUGCUGUUUCGAACAUUAGGAAUAAUAUUCCUAUUAUGCUUGCCAUGGAGACUGACCGCUAUGGCACUUGGGCGGAGAUUUUCCGCAUUCAUGCUCGUUCCCACCGGGUUCUGCAUCACAUUGUCCCUACUGCGGACAAGCCUCUUCUGCUAGUCACUGACCCUACUUAUGAGCAGUGGGCCCCUUUUUAUGCCACAGUCCUUCAGUGGAUUUAUUCCACCAUAUCUAAUGACCUGAUGUCUACCAUCAUGGAGCUUGGCUCCACUGCUUUCUCGGCUUCGACGCGUUUGGCUGAUCUCUUUCAUGAUAAUCAGAACGCUCGUGUUGUCAUCCUGGAGCAGGAGUUCUCUACUGUUCGCAUGGAGGCAUUUCCGUCCGUCGCCGCCUGCUGUCAGCGUCUGAAGACGCUUUCUGACCAGCUUCGUGAUGUCGGUGCUCCUGUGAACGAUCAUCGUCUGGUUUUGCAGCUUAUCUCCGGCCUCACUAAUGCUUACAGGGGUGUUGCCACUUUGAUUCGCCAGAGCAAUCCGCUUCCCUCCUUUCAUCAUGCUCGCUCCAUGCUUACCUUGGAGGAAGCCGGUAUGGCUAAGAUGAAACCUGCUGAGCCUCCUGCUGCCUAUGUUGCUACUCAGUUGCGUCCUUCUGAUGUCUCUUCUUAG